AUGUCGAACUCUGAUACAUUCACGUACAAGACGUGGCGUAGCCACUUCGGCCGUCCACUCAACGUGGAAGUGUCCACAAAAUCCGUCUUUGCAAUUCCUCCAGAUCCAAAACUUCGUGCUAAUUUUGCAGAUAUUAACCCAUUCACAGUCGAAACACAAACUGCAUUAACAUAUUCACAGCACACAAUAAAUACAGAAGUUACGCAAAUUAAACAGCAAGAAGUUGUUCAUACAGAAGGCUCAUGGCCACCAGGCGUUGAUCCAACGGAUCCAAGCUCUUGCAAGAAUCAUAGAAACAGAGUUGACAGAUAUCCAAACACUGUCAAGCAAAUUAGAGAGCUUGCUGCCCAGGUUGAAGCUACAGCCAAAUUAAACAACUCUAUCGACCUCUUUACAGAUCACUUCCCACAUUUACAAGCUCCUACAGCUAUCCAAGAUCCAUCAAUUGCAACACUUUCUAUCAUUCGCGAUAAGUUCCCAGAUAGAUAUGUUUCUUCUCUUUCAUGGCAAGAUACACAGUCCACAAAGCGCAUCGCAAUAUGCUAUACACCAAAUGACCUUACAAAUCCAAAUGCUCAUUACGAAAGCUUCAUUUAUAACCUUGAUUGCAUCAGCGUUCCAGAAAUGGAAAUUCAUCCACCGUCACCACUUCUCUGCCUCGAAUACAACGCUAAGGAUUACAACUUCCUUGUUGGUGGUAUGGCCCACGGUACAAUUUCUCUUUGGGAUGUUAGAUCAGGCUCUGUUCCAAUUUGGACAAGCGCCAUCGAGCACUCCCACCGCGGAGCUGUCCACUCAGUCAAAUGGAUCUCAUCCAAGACUGCAUUCGAGUGCGUAUCUACUUCAUUAGACGGCACAACAAUGACAUGGGACACACGUAAGGAAACAAAGCCAAUAGAAGUUGUUCAGCUCGAGCCGAACCAAGAUCUUCUUCCACAAGGCUUUGCUCCUCCAUUUGGCGGUACAGCUAUCGAUUACCAUACAGGUGUCCCAACAAAGUACAUGGUUGGCACAAACGAAGGCCUCGUCAUGAUGGUUAACCGUAAGGCUUCUGAUCCAAGCCAGCGUAUUUCAGGCGUAUAUUCAAACCACUACGGUCCAAUCUACUCUGUUCGUCGUCAUCCAACAGAAACAAAGUACUUCCUUACAGCCUCCGACUGGACAGUCAGAGUUUACACAGAAGACAACAAGACACCUCUUAUCUGCCUUCCUUCCCAACCACGCUACCUUACAAACGCUGUUUGGGGCAACGGCAGAACAUCCGUCAUCUUUACAGCCAACAACGUCGGAACAAUCGAAGCUUGGGAUAUCAAUCUUUCCCUCACAGCACCUGUCUGCAGCAUCCAAGCCUCAGACAGCGCUAUCCGCACAAUGGCCGUCGAUAACUCCGGUGAACUCAUCGUUGCCGGCAGCGCAAACGGCACAGCCAUGCUUCUCCAGCUCAACGAGAGCCUCAGACAGCCACUCAACGCGAACGAGAAGUCGAACUUCAUGUCCAUGCUCAGCAGAGAAGCUAAGAGAGUCAAGAACUACGAUCAGUAUCUCAAGGAACAGAAGAUGAGAAACAAACAGGCCCAGUCACAGGCAAACAAGGACGAAGGAAAGGCUGCAGAGACACCAUUCGAUCCAGCACAGAUCGAGAAGGAGUUCCAGAACGCUCUCGAAGGCAAGAUCGACCAAGGCACAGAAGAAAAGCGUGUCAUCAUCGGUGGCGACGAAGAACAGCAACAGCAGGCAGAAGCAGAAAAGGAAGCAGCAGAAAAGGCAGCUCAGCCAGCAGAACAGCCACAAGAGAAGUCUCUUUCUCUUGCAGGAGAAGUCGGAGAAGCCGUUGAACGCGCCAAGGAUGAAAAGGCCGAGGAAGAGAAGAAGGAAGCAGCUGAAGAAAAGGGCGGACUUUCUCUCAAGGGCAAACUCGAUGAAGCAGCAGAACGCGCCAAGAAGGAGAAGGAAGAAGAGGAGAAGCGCCAGGCAGAAGAGGAAGAAGCCAAGAAGAAGGCCGAAGAAGAAGCAAAGAAGAAAGCUGAAGAAGAGGCAAAGAAGAAGGCCGAGGAAGAGGCAGCUAAGAAGAAGGCGGAAGAGGAAGAAGCCGCUAGAAAGAAAGCUGAAGAAAAGGAAGCUGCAAAGAAGAAGGCCGAAGAAGAAGCAAAGAUGAGAGAACUCGAUAUUGCUGGUAAAAUGCAAGAUGCAGCAGAAAAGGCUGAAGACGCAAUCGUCAAAGAUGAAGAAGGAAAGCCAGAAGAGAAAUUAGACAUCAAGGAUGCAAUUGAAGAUGCUGCAUAUGAACCACCAAAGGAAGAAGAAAAGCCACUCAAUGUCCAGGGCGAAAUCAAUGAAGCCUUAGAAAGAGCGGCUGAUGAAAAGGCUGAAGAAGAAAAGAAGGAAGCUGAAGAAAAGCCACUCAAUGUCCAGGGCCAAGUUAACGAGGCUAUUGAGAGAGCGGCUGAUACAAAGGCUGAGGAAGAAAAGAAGGAAGCUGAAGAAGCAGCAAAGAAGGAGGAAGAAGAGAAGAAGGAAGCAGAACAACCAAAGACUUCUCUUCUCGGUGGAAUUGGCGCCGCCCUUGAUAAGGCUGCUGAAUCUAAGGCUGAAGAAGAAAAGAAGGAAGAAGAAAAGCCAAAGACAUCACUCCUCGGUGGUAUCGGCGCUUCUCUCGAAAGAGCCGCUGAAUCUAAGGCGGAGGAAGAGAAGAAGGAGGCUGAAGAAGCUGCUGCAGCACCAGACUUGACAUUGGAAGGUGCACUUGAUAAGGCUGCUGAAGAGAAAAAGCCUGAAGAGCCAAAGCCAAAUCUUUCUAUAGCAGGAGCUCUCGGAAAAGUAGAAAAAGAUAUUGAAGAGAACAAACCAGCAGAUGGACCAAAAUUAUCCAUCGCAGCGGGCUUGGCUGGUAAAUGA